AUGGAAUUCCUUCGCGAAGCCGAUCACAUACUGGUGUUGAGUGAGGGAAGGGUUGUUGAGUCGGGCGGUUAUGACGAGUUGGCUGAGAGGGGAGUGCUUUCCGACCACGAGUUCAAUGAAUCCGAUAAUAAGUCCAAAGGAAGUGGGGAUCAGAUGUCGAGACAGACCUCUCGAGUCAGCGAAAGUGAAUCGACGGCACAAUUGUCUCGACAAAUGUCUGUGAGAGAGGAAAACGAAACCAAGAAUUUGAAGGAAGAAAAGGAAAGUAAGGAAAAGGAUUCAAAACUCAUAGAAGAGGAGACCCAAGAGUUUGGAUCCAUUAAAUUCAGGCAGGUGGUGAUGAGAACGGGCGCCGCAAAGGCCUCGGAAGUGCUCCACAAAGACAUGUUGUCUUGUAUUCUGCGAACCCCUCUGUCCUUCUUCGAUGUGACCCCUUUGGGACGAAUCAUAAACCGAUUCAAUCGUGACUUUCAACAGAUUGAUGAACAGAUACCCUUUCUAUUAGACCAGACUAUUCUUUGUAUCAAUAUAUUUGUGGACUUCGAGACAAUUAAAUCGCUUAAAUUCUAUCACUCGGUCACCGAUUUAUAGUCACUUUAAUGAAUGCAUUUCCGGUGCCGUCUCCAUACGGGUCUAUAAAGUCCAACAAUUAUUUACCGAAAAGUUGCAAAACUUUGUUGAUGUGAACAAUAAUAUAGCAAAACAUGUUUACCAAACAACCAUGUGGAUUGAUAUUUGGUCAAUACUUAUCGGCACAUUAAUUACAAUCCCAAACGCACUGAUAGUGGUCUUAGAGAGAGAUCAAAUAACCCCCGGUUUGGCCGGUUUUUUGCUUAUGUAUGCCAUUGACGUGAUUAAUAGCAUUGCAAUGUCACUGCGAAUGGGCGGACAACUCGAG